AUGACAAGCCGUCGUGUCCCCCUCGCGAACCUCCAGAAUGCCACCAAUUCGCCGUUACGCGUGACUGCCGUGGGCGGAAAGAGACAGCGGUCCCACGCCAGCGAGCAACGCGACCUCCCGUACGGCCAGCCACCACCUGCGAAGAAGCAGAUUGUUGAGGUCGAUGACGCCGAGUCUCGUCGUCAUGGGCUCGGCCGACGGAGCGGGGCCCCUCCCACUGCCUUCCAGCGGAGGCUUGAGGCCGUUCGAGAGAUCAAGGCGGUCCCGAAACAGGCUGAGAAGCAACAGCGACAGACAAGCGAGAACCUGGAAACGAUUCGGCAAUGGCAGAGGCACUACCGGAAAAUGUUCCCCCAGUUCGUCUUCUACUUCGAGAGCAUUUCAGAAGAUGUCCGAAGCAGGGUGUCGAGGCAGGCUCACACUCUUGGUGCUCGAGAGGUUAAAUUCUUCUCCCGAGAAGCUACCCAUGUCAUCACGACGCGUCCGAUCCCCGCCGAGCUCGAAUCCACAAGCUCAACCUCCGCCACGAGCAAUCCAAAAGGGACCGCUGCUCCCAAAUCCGUGUUCGAUACCGCCCUUUCGAAGACUACCAAUGGCGAUAUACUCUACAAGGCCCGAGAAAUGGGGUUGAAGAUUUGGUCGGCAGAUAAACUCCAGCGUAUGCUGAACACCAUGUUCAAUACAGACACUGGGGAGCAACCACCAGACUACUCGAAUGCCCGGCGCGGUGUUGUUGGUGUACCACAGUCCAAGCUGGGGCCUCAGGCUGAUCUGCAGAAGUUGCUUCAGAAUGAGAAGCUCAAAGGCCCUGCGGACCGCGACUACUCAGUCGCUACUCAAGACAUGGUUCAGCUGCGUGGCUUCUAUAUCUACAUUCAUGAUAUGGACGAGGUCACGCGACCUGUCAUGGUUCGGGAAUAUCCCAAAGUUGCAAACAAGAAUGAUGGCAAGUGGCCGCAGUUUCGAUACUCUGCCACUGGAAAGUGCCCAUUCAUAGAGGACCCCCAUUUCACGCGUAAGCAGCAGCAGCAGCAGCUGGAGGAGCAGAAGUCGAGAGUCGAGAAGACAACGGCAAUCGCCCCACGCACACGCGCGGCGACUGCGAUGGAAGAGAAGCGUGUUUUGGGAGAAAACAGCAAUCUCGCGAGACGUCCAAGUGCUACUAGUCUAGCCGACCAAGAAGAAACUAAACCUCUGGAGCCGCCGAGGAUAAUGCCCUCCAAACGAAGCAACACGGACGGUAUGCCCCCGAUGUUUGGCAGUGCUCAAGCAAGCAUUCGUGCCAUUCCUAGGUUUGCGGGUGGAGAGCCCGUAGCUUCAGGCAUACAACCAUCGAAUAUCACCUCCGCCAUUCGUUCGCAGAUGAUCUCCUCUACCGCUGCCGCGCCGGGCGCUCGCGCCGGCAACAGUAAAGAAGUCAACCAGUUGAAGAGGAAAGUCUUGGAGAAGAAUAGUGUGCCCUCGGCGAACAGUCAUUCGUCGGUGAUGAAUGACAUGAGGGCAGCACUAAACCAAGAAAACCCUCCACCGAUGAGAGCAGCAAAACGCAGAGCCCAAGUGACGCUCGGCCAAAUUGACGAGGACAUGACACACUCAGACGAAGAGAGGCAAGCUCGGAAAUCCACAGUCAUCCGCCGACGAAAGACUACCGAGAAGGAGCUCAAGCCUGGUUACUGUGAAAACUGCCGGGAGAAGUUCAAUGACUUUGAUGAGCAUGUCGUCUCCCGCAAACACCGCAAAUUCGCAUUAACCGCAGACAACUGGCAAGAGCUUGACCAGCUACUGGCGCAACUUAUUCGUCAGUGAUGAAUCCCAAAAUUUCCAUGUCUUAUGACACUCGACGAUACAACCCCACGGCAUAAUUUUCGCUUGCAUCUUUUUUUCACUUCUCUCGGCCCUCUACCACAUGAAAUCGUGUUUAGCUUCUGCGAAUACCCGUUACACGACCGCAUUUUUUGUGAGCGCUACUGCAUUUCUUGAGGCGCAUUUCCUUACCGGAGCAUUGGCUUGGUUGCUUUUUCUCCCUGUUAACAUCUUGUGCGUUUGUUGCUGGGCCAAACAGUGGUAAGGGUGCUGUAUAUACGUAUGCAAGGUCUCAUCUUGCGAUGGUAUUCUGUUGUGGCUGCUCUUCUGCUGCCGCUAUUGUCUGCCGCGAGCAGGCUGGCUGGCGGGAGUAAUUGGAGUUGAUGAGUGGGAACUGGCAUUGUUUAUGGCGGUUUGGG